CCCGCACACUCACAUGUAAGGUAUGUUGUCAUUUGUUAUGUUGUUUUUCUUUUAGAGUCUGUUGAGUUACUUGUGAAAAUAUUUUGUUGUUGAUAGGCUCGAACAAUGUUAUUAUGGCAAAAAUUAGAUUUGCAGAAAAGAUCAUGAAAUGACCCAGUCUCAAAGAUUCGAUAUUUUUCAAAGAUUUUACUCGUCAUACACUUAAGAAAAAAAUCUAUGUAUACUUCUUCGACAAACAUUGUUUGAUUGUUCGAUACAAUAGCAAAGUCUGAAUAUGAACUCGCUUCUCAACAAUCAAACAAUAGUUUUCAAAAAGAAUACGUAAUUUUUUUUCUUAUUUAGCAGUCGAAUAAAAUCAUAAAAAAAAUUAUCGAGCUUAACGAGAUUGAAUGCCUGCGGCCUUUUCAGUUUUCAUAGACAAUUAUGGAAUUCUUCUCGCACUAAACUAUUGGGCACUGUUAUUGAAUUUUAAUUGCAACAGGGAUGAACUAGUUUAAUUUCCUUGCGUUACAUUAACUCAUUUAUACACAGCGUUACUUUCAUUUUCGGAUGAACUACUUUUUUAAUUCGAAUAUUGUUUUUCAUAUAACUUUUAUUUUUUUCUAAUAGAUUUUAGAAAAUUUUAUGCUAAAACAAUGGAAGCGAUUUAUAUAUUACAUGAAAAAGAUAUGGAUGCUCGUUUUUAUGUUUAUCUUAGGCUGCAUUUAAUGAUACGACCUAUUAAAUGUUUACUUAAAUAUACAUCAACAGCAUAUAUUGAUUAUCAAUUAUUAAUUGAUUUAUUGGAUUAA